GUCCACGUUUUUAUCUCUUUGUGUAAUUAAUAAUCAAAUCGAUAGCUAUUUAGUACAUUUUUUUCCCUGUGCAUUCGUGACACAUUCGCACGCGCUUCUCGGUUGGCAGAGUCAACGUCCUCGGCGGACGGAUGGUUGCAGCAGGGGGAGGAUGCACUGUACCCGCUUAUCAGACAACCGGCUAUAAAAGCGAAUCUCCACCGGCGAGUGCGUCUCAGAUAUAGAAGAAAUCGCGUCCAAUCAAGUUACAUUCGAAACACACACAGAACACAAUGUCGCACACCGGCAGCCAGAGUUUUAACUUGGAUGCGGUGGCCAUUGGAGGUCCGUUUCAAUGUGGAAAUGGCACUGCUCCUGCUCCUCCAGCCAUCGGAUUGUGGAGUGGAAUGGUCUCUGUCCUCUUGCAAUCCCUCCUCUCCGCCCAAUGCCUGGUUUCACCUGCCAGCCACUGGCCAGCGGACUACCGGGGGGACUUGAGUCAACCCUAUGACUUUGUGGUCAUCGGAGCCGGAUCUGCAGGAUCUGUGGUGGCCAGUCGACUCAGCGAGAAUCCCCAAUGGAAGGUUCUCGUCCUGGAGGCGGGCGGAGAUCCACCCGUCGAAUCUGAGUUGCCGGCAUUAUUUUUUGGCCUUCAGCACUCGGACUUCACCUGGAAUUACUUCACCGAACCGAGUGACAAAUCCUGUCAGGCCAUGAGGGAUGGUCGCUGCUAUUGGCCGCGUGGCAGGAUGCUGGGAGGAUCCUCAGGAGCCAAUGCCAUGCUGUAUGUCCGAGGCAAUCGCAGGGAUUUCGAUGGCUGGGUGGCAAUGGGAAAUAGCGGCUGGAGCUAUGACGAUGUCUUGCCCUUCUUUGAACGAUCCGUGACGCCGCAGGGAAACGCCACAUAUCCCAAGGGCUAUGCUACGAUUGGUGCCUUUGAGCGACAGGAUGAUGCAAUUCAUCAGAUGAUCAUCGAGGGCGGUCGUGAGUUGGGAUUGCCGUACGUUGAGCGAUUCCAGGAGGGCAGUGAGACGGGCUAUUCGCAUGUGCCGGGAACCGUGAGACAAGGCCAAAGGAUGAGCACGGCCAGGGGUUAUUUGGGUACGGUAUACCGAACCCGACCCAAUCUUCAUGUGGUGAAGAAUGCCAGGGUGACGCAACUGCAUUUGGAUGAUGAUACCUUGAGGGGGGUCACCUUCGAAAAGGCCGGAGUUAGCCACCAAGUGGCGGUCACCAAGGAAGUUGUGCUCUCUGCCGGAGCCAUCGAUUCACCAGCUCUGCUCCUGCGUUCCGGCAUUGGUCCCACUCAGCAUUUGGAGGACUUGGGCAUACCCGUGCGGCUGGAUCUCCCAGGCGUUGGAGGCAACCUGCAGGAUCAUGUGCUUGUGCCACUCUUUUUGCGACUCGACGAGGGUCAAGCCGAGGCAGUCACCGAGAAGGGCAUGCUGGAUGGCAUAUAUCAGUACCUAAUCCAUCGCAGUGGACCUUUGGCCACUCACAGCACCGCCUCCCUGGUGUCCUUCAUCAACACCAAUGCGAGUAGCAGAAGUGUCUAUCCGGAUACGGAGAACCAUCACCUGUUCUUCCGUAGAGCCGAUCAUGCAUCACUGGAAAUGUUCACCAAAGGCUUGUCCUUCCAAGAGAAAUAUGUUCAGCCCCUGCAGGAAUACCUUAAGGAAUCGCAUCUUCUCUGUGUUUUCGUGCUACUCUCGCAUCCCUUGGCUAAAGGUGAACUGCGACUGAGGAGUCGAGAUCCGAAGGAAGCGCCCGCCCUGACCAGUAAUUACCUAACGGAGGAGCAGGAUGUGGCCACAUUAUUAAGGGGCAUACAUUAUAUAGAAUCCCUAGAGCAGACCAAAGCCUUUCGGGAUCAUCGCGCCGAAAUUGCUCGCAUUCCCAUCGCGGAGUGCGAUCAUCUGACUACCGACUACCGCAGUGAGGAGUACUGGCGAUGCUAUGCCAAAUAUUUCACCAUUACCUGUUACCAUCAAUCGGGCACCGUGAAAAUGGGCCCCGCCUCCGAUUCCGAGGCCUGUGUGAGUCCACGGCUGCGGGUCCAUGGAUUGAGUAACCUUCGGGUGGCGGAUGCCAGUGUUAUGCCAUCGGUGGUCAGUGCCAAUACGAAUGCGGCCACCGUGAUGAUCGGCGAAAGGGCAGCUCAUUUCAUCCGCGAGGAUCACGACGGCACCGAAAGUGGCAGCGAUGGAGGUCCCUCGGUGCCGCACAUGCAUGCGGAUGAUUUCUAGUUCUUUAGUUUUAGUAAUUCCAAGCACAGAACAUCACAACUGGCAACUUGUCAACAAAUUGUUGAUUUCAAAGUGAAGUACAUAAAGUACGUAACGGUUGUACAAUCACGAUAGGGGUACUUUUACCCCCUUUUUUUCUUUAUAAAAUAAGAUCAAAGAUGUUGCUCAAAAAUGUUAUUAAAAGUACAAAAAUUAUGCAUAAGUUACUAUUUUUGAUUUUUUUUUUUGUUUUUUCUAAGCCAAAUUUGUUUACACAUUAGUAAGUUGGUAACUCAACUUAAUAUAUGCUUUUAUGUUUGAGGUAUGGUUGUUGAAUAAAAAUAAUAAUGAAAACAAUA